UUUAGAACAACACACUUCCCAUUUCUCCUUUCUCCUUCUCAGUGCCCAAAUGUCAUCUAACAGAUCAAAGAGCCUUGUGAAAUUAGCUGAAAGACUUCGUCUUUAUAACCCUAUAAGUACCCAAAGUUCAAAAAUUCAAGAAUUUGUUCCCAAAAAUCAAGAAUUGGGGAUAAACCCAAUGCCUAAAUCAAACAGGGCUGCAGUUUUGGUGUGUCUAUUUGAAGAUCCACAAGGCCAUCUUCGUGUAAUCCUCACCAAAAGAGCUUCCACACUUUCUUCACACUCUGGUGAAGUUGCUUUGCCCGGUGGGAAAGUAGAAGAAGGUGAUGCUGAUGACAUUGAGACAGCAUUGAGGGAGGCUGAGGAGGAGAUCGGAUUAGACCGUUCACUUGUAGAUGUUGUCACUGUUCUUGAAUCCUUUACCAACAAGAAGGGAAUAACGGUGAUUCCUGUCGUGGGGAUACUUUGGGACCGGAACACAUUCAACCCGUUGAUAAAUACUGCAGAAGUGGCAGCACUGUUUGAUGCACCUCUAGAGAUGUUUCUCAAGGAUGAGAAUCGACGAGAACAAGAACGUGAAUACAUGGGAGAUGAAUAUGUACUGCAUUUCUUUGAUCAUGAAACAGAGAAUGAGAAGUAUAUAAUAUGGGCUAUAACUGCUGGCAUUUUGAUUAAAGCUGCAUCGAUCGUGUACCAACGUCCCCCUGAUUUUCAAGAACGAACACCUAGAUUCUGGAGUAGAAAUCGCCAAUGAAAGACGUUAUUGCCAAAUCUCUCUCUCUCUCUCUCGAGUUGUCCUUCGAACUUGGAACCUUUAACAUAGUUUCGUCUUGUCUAUGGUGUUUUGCUU